UUUUUUUUUUUUGGACGGGGUGUGGGAGGGAGGGUGUCGGCCACCCGAGAAGAAGCGGAGGAAGUUGCAAGGCUGCUUUGGACAUGUCGCCGUGAGUGCUUUUGGGGGCUCUUCCCGCUGCACCCCGUCAGCCGCGGCCGCUCGGCGCCCCGCGGCAGAGAUGCUGAGCGGCGGCGUGGGAAAGCGGCGACGAGCAUGAAGGCGGCAGGAUGGGCGCGAACAAUGGCAAGCAGUACGGCAGCGAGGGCAAGGGCAGCUCAAGCAUCUCAUCCGACGUGAGUUCAAGUACGGAUCACACACCCACCAAAGCCCAGAAGAAUGCAGCUACCAGUGAAGAUUCCGACCUGAGCAUGCGAACGCUCAGCACGCCCAGUCCAGCAUUAAUAUUUCCACCGAAUUCCCCUGGGUUCCAAAAUGGCAGAGGUUCAUCGACAUCCUCAUCCUCAGUCACUGGGGAAACCGUUGCCAUGGUCCAUUCGCCGCCUCCCACCCGUCUCACCCAUCCUCUCAUCCGGCUGGCAUCCAAGCACCAGAAGGAGCAGGCCAACAUAGACCGGCUGCCCGAUCACGCCAUGAUCCAGAUCUUCUCCUUCCUGCCCACCAACCAGCUGUGCCGCUGUGCCCGCGUGUGCCGCCGCUGGUACAACCUGGCCUGGGACCCGCGGCUUUGGAGGACAAUUCGCCUGACUGGCGAGACAAUCAACGUAGACAGGGCUCUCAAAGUGCUGACCCGGAGGCUUUGUCAGGAUACUCCCAACGUAUGUCUCAUGUUGGAGACGGUAAUUGUUAGUGGCUGCAGGCGGCUCACAGACAGAGGACUCUACACCAUUGCCCAGUGCUGUCCAGAACUGCGGAGGCUGGAGGUGUCUGGCUGUUACAACAUCUCCAAUGAGGCAGUCUUUGAUGUCGUGUCACUGUGCCCAAACCUGGAACACCUGGAUGUGUCAGGCUGCUCCAAAGUAACGUGCAUCAGUCUGACUCGCGAAGCCUCCAUCAAGCUGUCUCCCUUGCACGGGAAGCAAAUCUCCAUCCGCUACUUGGACAUGACAGACUGCUUCGUCCUGGAGGACGAAGGACUGCACACCAUUGCCGCCCACUGCACUCAGCUGACCCACCUGUACCUGCGCCGCUGCGUCCGCAUCACCGACGAGGGUCUGCGCUACCUGAUGAUUUACUGCACAUCCAUCAAGGAACUGAGCGUGAGCGACUGCCGCUUCGUCAGCGACUUCGGCAUGCGGGAGAUCGCCAAGCUGGAGUCGCGGCUCCGAUACCUGAGCAUCGCUCACUGCGGCCGCAUCACGGACGUGGGCAUCCGAUACAUAGCCAAAUACUGCAGCAAGCUGCGCUACCUCAACGCGCGGGGCUGCGAGGGCAUCACGGACCACGGCGUGGAGUACCUCGCCAAGAAUUGCACAAAACUCAAAUCGCUGGACAUCGGCAAGUGCCCUCUGGUCUCAGACACCGGCCUGGAGUUUCUAGCCCUCAACUGCUUCAACCUAAAGCGCCUGAGCCUGAAAUCCUGCGAGAGCAUCACUGGGCAGGGCCUGCAGAUUGUAGCUGCCAACUGUUUUGACCUGCAGAUGUUGAAUGUGCAGGACUGUGAAGUCUCUGUGGAUGCUCUGCGAUUCGUUAAACGACAUUGCAAGCGCUGUAUUAUAGAGCACACCAACCCUGCUUUCUUCUGAAGGGACACCCCACACCUGUCAUUGCAAUGCAGUUUUAAAAACACUGAUGUAUAAACACACGCUCCCAUAUUCAGUAAUGCUGUCUUUUCUGUCGCUCACGGGAGUCAGUUUUUCUUGUACCUUAUGGGUGAGGGGUUUUCUAGAAGACUAUUUUGUUUGCUUUUUGUAUGAUCACUUUUUAAGGUGCCGUGGGUCUCUGUGGAGAGGCCACCUUAAUGCAAAAGCAAUGAGUGCUCAGCAUCCCCGGUGGGGUGUCAUUUCCAUAAGAGCCAUGAUCUUGUCCCAGGCUACGGUAGCUGCCUCCAAAGGAAAUAGCACAUAAUCCCUCCUUUGGAAAUGCUACUAAGCUGUGUCAAAUACAUCUGAAUUCUAGCUGUGCUCAUGAAGCUGACUAUGCAAUAUUGUGUCUGUGUUCCCCAACUUUUUCCAAUGUGGCUGAUAGUCAUCCAUUGUAAUCCCUCAGGAGAUACUGGGUAAUGUUCUUAAACAUACUCAUUUGAAGCAGAGUAAGACCUGCUGGCCGUUGCUGAGCACUUCUGCUGAGUGAUUCUGGAGAUUGUGCCCAUGCAUGGAUUCUCUUGGGAAGCCCACCUCCGGGUCACUUAUGCAUCAUCGCUACUUGCCUUCAUUUCUAAAUUUGUCCUCUCCAGCAUGUGUAGAACCAUCCUCUGGUAGUAGAUAGGGACUUCUGGCUCUGAUAAGCAGUGAUGUAUUCACCUGAGUGAAGGAGAACAAAUGAGAUAUUGGUGGCCUGGCAAAAGGAAAAGCCAGCAAACCAGCCUGAGAAGCUGCUGUAAUUCUACAACAAGCUGAGAUAGUCCUGUAGGACAGCAGAGAGGCUCUGAGGCAUUGUGGAGCAGCUUGCACGGGGCAGUCCCAAUUGCUGUGCUGCGUGGCUGUCACCAGAAAGUCUGGCUUUGUCCCUUUGCUGUACCUUUUCAGCACCACUGCAGUGGAUGUUCCCUGAGCAAAGCAGGGACUUGCGUUUAGAUCAAGUUAGUACGUGCCUUAACACACUUGGACACCUGACCCUUCUCUGUGGCCUUCCAGUUCAAAGGAUAGAUGGCUGAUCUCAAGACUUCAGAGACAUUAGCCUGGUUUUAGAUAACACCCCUGGGGACAGAGGGCCUUGAAGUGUUAUUCACAUUAGAUUUAGAUUCUUUCAGACUUUGGCUCUGUGUGUUCCCAUAGGCUGGAGAUACAGCUGUGUUCAACAAAGAAUUAAACAGCAGAGUUGCCCUGUGACACUGGGAGCUCCUGGUACUCUCAAGGUCACUCUUGCUCUUGCAUGAGCAGGACGAUUUUGGAAGUCCCCCAUCUCAUUGGCUCCUUCCCCAGAGCAUGUGGUUGAUUGGUGGUUACUUUCUUCACAAUUUUCUGGCAGCUGUUCCUCUGCAUUUUCAUGUGCAAUGCUCAGAUCUGAAAGCCAGACACGUGAAGGGUGAUGAUAUUUUCAGGCAGGCCCCCUGUGCCUGACUGACAGGUGAAUUCAUGUGCUCAGCCCAAACACUGUGUCUCAUAAGGGAAGCGCUGUGUCUGGUUUUCAUAAGCAGUAGUUCCAUCAUCUCCAGACAACACUAAUAAAAUCAGUGUUAUGAAGUGAAAAUCAAUAUGCCCAAGAAAAACACAUAACUGCUGAGGAAAUACUUAUAACAAUGCUCUCUCAAAUUUAAAAAAAAAAUAAAAAUAAAAAAAAAGGGCAAUGGUUUGGACAUGUCCCUGGAGAGGGAACUUGUUCUACUGCUGCAAAAAUUUCUGUAACUUAUGUAUCUUCCUCCAAUUCUCCAAUUUUGGAUUUUUUAAUAUACAGGAUGGCAUCAGCUCUGAAUUAUAAAUUAAGUUAUACUAAAGCAAAGAGGGCCAUGGAAAAUGAAUUUGUCAUUGCUACUGCUACUGGUCAGUGACUAAUACGAGGUGAUCCCAUCCCUUGGACAGUUAAUUUCAUUUUGGUUUUCUUUUCCAUAUUUCUAAAGUAAGAGAUUCUUCUCCAGCAAGUAAUACAGUAUAUUUUAUCUGAGCCAGCUAUACUUUCUGUUUAUCCUUUAUCUAAAAAUGGCCUCAAGAAAUUUAAAUGGUGAGCCCUGAGGAUGGUGGGAUUUUGAGCCAUUUGCACUCAUGAAAUAUAAGGCCUCACUAGUAACAUUUAAUUGUUUAUUAAAAAAAAAAAAAAGCUACUUUUCUGGCUAUGUUGAAGUGAGUGAAUAGUGCUAAGUGGUUUUUAAAGUUUCUAAUGUUUCAAUUUGGCCUGUACUGUACAAAUCUCACUAUAAAGCCUUAAUUUCUACCAAGAAAUAAAGCAAUAUAUUGGUAACUGA